GCCCCACAGGGCGGAUCCGGGCCGGGCCGAUCAGCGCCGCCCCGCGCCGGCAGGAGGCGGCCGGGCCAGGCGGUGGCAGCGGAAGAUGGCGGCGGCGGGCGCCGGGGAGGCGGGCCCGGACCGGGAGCUGGACGAGCUGCUGGACAGUGCACUCGGUGAUUUUGAGAAGACCAAACCGGUCCCACCGCCUGCCCCUGCUACUGGAGCGGGGGAUGCCUGCAGCUCUGAGAAGUCGCCAGGCGAUGCAGCCCAACACUCCCUCUUUGCCUCCCAGGAGAAGUUCUUCCAGGACCUGUUUGACAGCGAGCUGGCAGCGCAGGCCACAACAGAGUUUGAGAAGGCCAUGAAGGAGCUAGCUGAGGAAGAACCCCACCUGGUGGAGCAGUUCCAGAAGCUGUCAGAGGCCGCUGGCAGAGUUGGAAGUGACACGACAUCCCAACAAGAAUUCACCUCCUGUCUGAAAGAGACGCUCAGCGGCUUGGCUAAGAAUGCCAACGACUUACAGAACUCCAGCAUGUCGGAGGAAGAGCUGGCGAAAGCCAUGGAAGGCCUGGGCCUGGAAGAAGGCGACGGCGAGGGGAAUAUCUUACCCAUCAUGCAAAGCAUCAUGCAGAAUCUCCUGUCCAAGGAUGUGCUCUACCCCUCCCUCAAAGAGAUCACGGAAAAAUACCCUGAGUGGCUGCACAGCCACCGCGACACCCUGCCUGAAGAGCAGUUUGAAAAGUACCAGGAGCAGCACAGCAUCAUGGGUAAAAUCUGCCAGCAGUUCGAGGCUGAGCAGGCUACAGACAGUGACGCCGAGCAGAAAGCUCGCUUUGAAAUGGUGUUGGAUCUCAUGCAGCAGCUCCAGGACCUGGGGCAUCCUCCCAAGGAGCUGGCUGGAGAGUCGCCACCUGGGCUGAACUUUGACCUCGAUGGACUCAACCUGUCAGACACAGCCAGCGCCGGAGGGGACCAGUGUCGAAUCAUGUGAUUGCCACCCACGCCAGCCGACCAAUAGGAAGGGGUGAUGGGUGUAGGUUGGGGGGACAGCCCCCUGGAAAUGCUGCAGUGCCUAGAGCAUGCCGGGUUCUUUAACAUAUAAUUAAAAAUCCAGAUAGGAUGGCCUCAGUCUGUGACUUUCAGAAAGUCUUACGAGAUGCCAGUUGACGAGAGAGUGCGCCCUGCAGAGACGCCUGGAGUGCUCUGACCACGUGGUUCCUCCCUGGUGCCUCUGGGCUACGAGUCCCCCAAACUGGUGCUCUCAUUCUUUAUAAUUAGCCUUUGGGGUGCUGGAGUCCUGGUGGAGUGGCCCCAGCUGUUCAGGGGCCCCUCGUGGUGGGGGUGGGGGGAGCAAUUGCCUUUUGACUGUGUGGUUUGAAAUCUAAUCCUCGUUCAAAGGGAUAACCAGUCCCCUCGGCCCAAGAGAUUCUUAUCCAAGUCUCUUCCUGCUGCAUCCGGUCCCCUACGACAGGCAGGGCUGGGGGGGUCUCACUGCUGGUUCUAGGGAGUACUGCAGAAGCUGAGCUAACUCCUGGGCUGGUCUCAGCCUCCCCUGCACACAGGCUCUGUUAGUGACUGAGCCAGCCCAGGUGGGCGGCGCUGGCUUGAGGGCAGAGAGGGGAGCUGGAGCUGGAGAGGUCUCGCUGCAGGGUAGAUGAGCAGCUUAGUGUAAGUGUGUUAGGGUUGGGGGGCCCUAAAAGGGCCUUUGUCACUCUUGUGCCAUUAGCAGCACUUACACACGCUCACUGGUGCUGCUGAAAGGGGGAGCCAGGCCUGUACUGAACUCUGUUCCUUUUCUCACGCUCACUCCCCUCGGCUCUGGUUUCAGCGGGCAAGGGCUUUCUCCUAAAGGCUGGUGCCCUGCCAGUGGCCGUCUCUGCUAGAGCAGCCGCUGUCUAACUCCGUCCAGCGGCGGAGCAUACGUUGCACGUCCCCUUCCUCAGACCCAAACUCUAGACCCCAGCGUGCCAACACAGUCACUGCCCUGGUCCCCAGUGACAGCUUGCUGCAUCCAGUUAUCUCUCUACUGCAAGUCAGAUUCCUCUGACCACUGAUCCCCUCUGAAUAAUGAGACCAGGCCUCCCAGGGACUGAAAUCUGUCAAGAAUUUACGCUGCCCAGCUGGAUUUGCUAUCAACUACCAUCCAGCCUGCAGGCCCCACGCAGUAUGUGCCUGUGAGCUCCCCCACUGAACUUCUCCAAACACCUGCUUAAAGGCAUCUGCACUGAGCCCCCUGCGAGGGAAGCUAACACAGAAUAAAUUGCCACCUGCACACAGCUGUCUCUCCUCUCCCUCAUCCAACUCUCUAAUAAACACCCGGUGUUAAUUAACUCAGAUCUGUACCUUUCUCUCUGCCAGCUGCCAGGGUGACAGGUGGGGACUGCAUUCUAGGGGAGCAGCUCAACUUGGCCCUGGCUAAGCUUAAGAAUGCAGACUCCUUCAGAGCGGCUUGUGAAAACCCUGCUGGCUGCUUCCAAAUCCUGAAAGGGUGCUGCCCAGCAGGGCCCUCCGGGUACCUGGGCUUACGAGGGGGAGCUAGAGCAGAAGUGAUUGCCAAGGCAACGCUGGCAGCUAUCAACUCCGUGGUGUGAUUUCCCCCCCUGCCCCCCCCAUUGGCAGAACCUGAUUGUACACAAUUGGCUGUCUAAAUUCCCUGAAUAAAGGUGGUGACGCUU